AGCUGCCGACCGUACACUGGCGAACCGGUGCCACGCCGCUUCUCAGUAGCCAACGAGAAUCGACCCGUUUCGGUACGGCUUGUUAGCAAACGCUGGUGCGUGGCCCUCCCCCUGUUCGUCAAAUUGAACGCCGGAACACUCUUCCGGAGUGCGAUUUUUCCUUUCCGCUUGGGCUGGAAAUAUAUUGUUCGUUUACGCGUGUGACGUCUUACCUGCCGCUGGAUGGAUAAUCGAAAGCAGCCCGUUUGUAAGUGUGUGUGUUAGUUCAAAGGUUUCGAAACAGUGUGUGGUGAACGUUAUGAAGCAGCAGUGAGCGGGAAAAAACGGAGCAGCGACGAAAACAACCGGGCGGCUCCAUUCCAUUCCCACCCUCCGAUAGGUCACAAUGAAAAUGGCCCAUUUUUGAUUAUUUUCUGUUUGCCUCGCCCCAAUAAAAACAAGACGUGUGGCAAACUUUACACCACACACCGGUAGGUCUGUGCCAGCUUCUGUUUCUGCCACGAAAAAGCCGCCCGGAUCGAAGUAGGCGUGUGAGCCGUGUGCGAGGUAGUGCUUGUUUCUUGUGCGCCAGUGUGCUUAGAGACACCCGGCAGUGAGCAUCGCUAGUGGCUCGGACGAAAAGAAGACAAAAAAAAGGAACAAGAAAUCAUCCUUUCCAGCCAACUUGAAGCCGACGAAUGCUGGCUGAGAAAUCGGUGGGAGGGAAAUAAUCGAAAAGGUCACCGAAAACAACCAACCAAUAUAAAAACCAGCAACAGCAACAACAACAAAGACUCGUUCAACCCAACAGUGCUGACGCUACAGACUUGGCGUGUGAUGCAGCGCAGCGCGAGCCUUGAAAAGAGACGCUAGAAACAAGAAACAAUAACCUUUUUCGGAACAAAAGGCACAAAAGCUCCCGAGCAGCAGCGAUUAAAGGAAGAAAAGCGAAUUUUCUAUCCAUUUUCACAAUGGAUCCACCGAACUGGAUACGAGUGACUGCUUUGGGCCGUCCGAGAGUAUUGCCACGUUGCGGCUAGUCGGCCGUCUCCAUCCCACCGACCUACCGCUGUGUGCUACUGUGUCUUUCCCCCGGUUUCACCUACGCAUCGCUCUUUCUUUCUUUCCUCGUCUGGCCUGUCCCUAUCUUUCCGCUGGCCUCACACACCAACAUUAAGUGAGAAAAGAAAGGCCCUCCAAGGAGAAAAAUAAACAAAGAUAACAAAUCCGUGUGGUGGAAGGGAAACAAAUUCAACGCAAACGCGGGCGAUACAAAACCCUUCACCAUUUGCAACACUGUGUGAAGCACGCGACGACAGCACACACUCCCGCUCCCGCUAAAGGCCUAGGGCCGCAGACAGACGAUCGCCCAUCCCGACGGUCAACGCAACAGCAACUGGACCAAAUGUGUAGCAGCGGCGGCAACAGUAGCAGCAGCAGCAGCAGUAGUAGUAGCAGCAACAACAUCCGCACAAACACCAGCCUGGAUCGGCGACGACGGCUAGCGCAGCUGACAAAAUGGUGCACCCUGUUCAUCAUUUUAGAGUCUACGAGCGUUGGAAGCGGUUUGAUGACACCACCCAGUAGCAGCACCACGCCCGCCAGCACUGUAACUACCACCACCAGUAGCAGCAGCAGCAGUACAACCACCACCACCACCAUCAUCACCACUAGUGGCAGCAGCACUGGCAGCAGUUGGCUCGAAAGUACGAGUCCCUCCAGUGCCGGUGGCGGUCCGUACACUUCGCCCUCAGCCACCGCGCUUCCUGCGUUCGAGGCGCUGCCCCGGUUCGAAGCCCUCGUGCAGGACAGCCCCAACAGCUCCCGGGGCAAAACGCUUCCGCUAGUGGGUUCGGGUGCGCUCAAGGUAACGCCAUCCCAGCCGGCGCUCGAGGGAAGCAAACGUGGCCCGGCUGGCAGUAGUAAUAGUAACCGAGAGGGUAGCAGCCCCACCACCACCACCAGCGGCUAUGACUCGCCCGCUUCCCGAAGGACACCGCCGCUGUCGAAGGUGGUGGCGGCCACGGGUACCACCAUCGCACCGGUUGGAAUGGCCGCUGCAGGCAGCAGUAGUUUUAGCAAAAUCUCUAGCGCCAAUCUAAUACUCGCCGAGAGCGGCGGUGCCGAGUCGGCCAAGAUUGGACCGGGCCAGAAGGUGCCGGUGGGAUUUUCGGGGAGCAGCAGCACCGGCAAGACUGCAGUGGCCGGAAAGUCGGCCGGUAGUAGAGCCGCGUCGGAGCAGGAACCGAGCGGUAACCGGCUCGAGGGUGGCGAACUGACCACCACACCCGAGGGUAACUUCAGCAAGAUGUACUUUGAAACCGAUAACCACACGACGAUCGCGUCCCAGGUCGGCUCGAUAGCGGUGCUGCCGUGCGCGGUGCGCAACAUCGGCGAAGGCGUGGUGUCAUGGAUAAGGCGGAAAGAUUAUCACCUGCUAACGAUCGGCUUCACCACCUACAGCAGUGACGAGCGGUUCAACAUCAUCCACUCGGAGGAUACCGAGGAAUGGCCACUGCAGAUCAAGUACGUCCAGCUACGGGACGCCGGGCUGUACGAGUGUCAGGUUUCGACCCAUCCGCCGACGUCAAUCUUCGUCAAGCUGGACGUGGUUGAGGCAAAGGCAGAGAUUUUUGGACCGUCGGAAAAGUAUCUCAAACCGGGCUCGAUGCUCCGGUUAACGUGUCGCGUCGUGCAAAGCAACGAGCCACCGCUGUACAUAUUCUGGUAUCACAACAAUCGCAUGAUUAACUACGAUGCGCACCGGGGCGUGAACGUGUCAACGGAGGCGGACAAUCGGUACUCGGAGCUUGUCAUUUCACACACGAAUACACUCAACUCGGGGAACUAUUCGUGCGUUUCGAACAACGCUGUCGCUGCUUCUACGCUGGUGCAUAUUCUGAACGGUGAAAACCCGGCCGCCAUGCAGCACGGUGACCAUGGGAAUGCGGUCCUGGUGGCGUCACACAUUCAUCUGCCGCUGGCAGUUGUAACAUAUCAGGUCAUCAAUUUCGUCUUAAAUAUGCAUUGAGUUCACUGCACAAGGAGGCCAGCGAUGCCAGCGACUAACGCACCGCUGUACGUAGAACGGCGGAUGGGACGGAAGCUGCAAAACAAAACCUGCAACACACACAUACACACACAGACAAACAGAAACAGGUAUGCUGUAGCGUAGUGGGAUGCAAGCGAUAGUCGGACGAAACGUUGGACCUCGAGCAGAGAAAUCUGCUUCCUGUUCCUGUUCACCUGGGAAGCAGGGAGAAUCCGGGAGGACAAACUAAUGACAAAAAAAAAACAAACAAAAAAACUAGACGAAUACAAAUCGAGCCAUGUUGAAUGUGCACAUUAAAACAGCUCCCCCCACUCACCGAACCCUGGUGGCUAAGGGGUUGCUGUUUUGUGUAAAGUAAUUACGAUCGACGUUUAGCUCACGGUCGAGUGAGCACAGCGUAACGGAGCGGAAACUCCGUACAUCCGCUGUGUGAUUAAUUAAGAACAGCCCAGCAUGGAAACACGCAUUGUACAUAUAGGUAAACGAAAUGGCAUAAAUCAAAUUUAACGUAGCGUUUGAUGUAACUUUGUAUGGUAUUUGUAAAAGCUAGUAAAUAAAAUAAAAACUACAUCGGAGCUAAAACUGGCAGGCGUACCCGAUUGCCCGAUUCGUUUCCAACAUCAUUCCACUUUCCACGAACGAAACAGAGAUAAAUUUCGUUUUGUCAGUAACGCAAACAUGAAAUAAGUUGCUGGAUGUUUUGUUUGUGUCAUUUAAUUUCACUUCUAAAGCUCUUCAUUUAACAUUUAAAUUAGUUUACCGAGGUAAGCCAACAUGGAUGGAAUAUUUAAUAGAAAAUCACUUUUUCAAGUCAAGCAGAGCGGGACGGUACGCAUUUAAAACACUAAUUAGAGAGAGAGAGAACAAAAACAAAACACUCUUUUUCCAUGGCGAUGGAGCAAUGCAAAUAAAGUACGAAACUCGUAACUAAAACGGUAAACGGUGCGCUGGAACAGCGAGAUAGGUAGGGAACGAGAACGACGAAAAAAAACACAAAACCCCAACUGUAAAACCCAUUUGCCCGUCUUUGAUGAGCGUUGUUUGUGAAGAAUAAACGUUGAAAAUGAUAAACAAAAACUCUGUUAGCUAAGUGUAGAGUCGGUGCUGGUUGAAUAAAAGCAACAAAAAAAUGAAAAAAAAACCCACAAGAAAACUAACAUUCAAAAGCAAACCAACAGAACUACUGAAAGCAUUCUUUCUCAAGUAAAACUACACUACACCGACACACACACACACACACAUACACAAAAAGAACUACAACAAAACGCGUCGCCGAAGUGCAGAAGGUUGAUUCACUUGACGGUAGGAAGAUUGUAUAUAAAAAGAAAGGAAAAAGUUAAAGUAAAACACGAUGCCCAGCAAAUAAUACAACACAACCGAAAAAGAGAAAAAAAAAACGAGCAUGUCCAAAUACAAAUAACAGUUAAUGAUGCCACGGAGAGAAAGGAAAACUCUCCCUACCGUGGUAAUAAGGUAUUACCGUGCUAAUUCUCCAAACUGAAACCAACAACAACAAAAAAGACACAAGGAAUCAGUGAAAAGUAACGAAGCGGUGAGAACAAAGAACAAAAAAUAACGCAAGAACAACCCUAACCCUGUGAGCGAUGGAGGAAGAAAAAAGGGACAAAACCACCUUGCGCCAACCAAGCGCCACGGUUUGGCAAGCAGGCAAACUGUUUUCCCUCUUUUGCGGAUGCAAAUCGAAGCAUUCGUGUACCACUGUGAGAUAAAAGCGGUUUAAUAAAGGUAAAUAUAUUUGGAUUAA